AUGAAGUCUGAGUUCCCUGAAUCCUACAAAUGUCACUUGCGUUCUGACUCUGCCUACACUAGUUGCGUGGUGGAAAAGCAGGAUAAUGAUGGUGACCCCUCAUCCCCAGGACCUGAAAGUCGUUCUUUUCUUCAUCUUUCUCUCAUCAUCUACUUUAAUAUUCCUCCUCUCCGGGCUCUUGCUCAGGCAAAGGUGCUUAGGUUUGGAAGGCGUUUUGAAUCCCCUCUUUUGUGGCAAAGCAUUAUCAUGAUCGUUACUAUGUUACUGAUGCUGAAACUGUGCACUGAAGUACGGGUGUCCAACGAGCUAAACAUAAAACGCCGCUCUUUUGCAGCUGCAGAUAGUAAGGAUGAAGAAAUCAAAGCACCUCCCAAGAGAUCCUAUCUGGAUUUCGACUUGAACUACUUCUGGCAUUGGAGCAAGUUUACAGACUACGUCCAGUGUGUCCUGACCUUCACUGGCGUGACCGGUUACAUCACUUACCUCUGGCUGGACUCCUCUCUCUUUGUGGAGACGCUGGGCUUCCUUGCCGUGUUCACCGAGGCUAUGCUGGGCGUCCCGCAGCUCUACCGCAACUACCAGAACAGCUCUACGGAAGGCAUGAG